AUGAAAACUGCUGCAAUUUUCAGCGUGCUGUCCUUGGCAGUGGAGUUAGUAUACUCCCAGGCUGCAGGAUAUGCUCAAUGUGGUGGGAGUAGUUGGACUGGGGCAACUACCUGCGUUACUGGAUAUGUUUGUCAAUAUCAAAAUACGUUUUACUCUCAGUGUAUUCCGGGUACUGCUACCACUGCAGUACCGACAACUUUGACUACGACAACGAAGUCCAGUACCACAUCCGCCACCUCUGUACCGACAACAUCUACAACCUCUAAGCCAAUCACAUCCACAACUUCAUCCUCGAAAACCAGUUCGACGGGAACCUCAACAGUCCAAUCGGCAUGCACUGCUGCAUUCACCCCAAUCACUGCUUCCGCCGCAUUUGCUGCAUUAAACCCAGGGUGGAAUCUCGGAAAUACAUUGGAUGCUAUCCCAGAUGAAGGGUCCUGGAACAAUCCUGCUGUCACUGCUGCUACCUUUUCAACGGUGAAAGCUGAGGGAUUCAACAGCAUCAGAAUACCAGUAACUUGGGCAUACCACUUUGUGACCUCUUCCCCCAGCUGGACCGUCAAUACCACUUGGAUGGACCGAGUUGAAACCGUCGUAGAUCAAGCCCUUGCUACUGGAUUGUACGUCAUCCUCAAUGUCCAUCAUGAUUCUUGGAUUUGGGCAGAUGUCUCUGCUAGUGGAGCCAAUCUUACCAUGAUCGAAGAGAAAUUCUCCGCCCUUUGGUCUCAAAUCGGAACGAGGAUGAAGUGCAAAUCUAGUAAAUUGCUCUUUGAAGCUAUCAAUGAGCCACCUGGAACAACACAAGAGAACGCGAACGAACUUAACAAACUCAACACUCUCUUCCUUGCGGCAAUCAACCAGGCUGGAGGUUACAACCCUCAAAGAGUAGUCACCCUUUCAGGUCUUUUGAUGAAUACAGUUUAUACUCAGCAAUGGUUCACCAAACCCACAACUUAUACAAGUCAACCUUGGGGUCUUCAAUUUCAUUAUUACUCACCCUACAUGUUGAUCUUUGACGCCUGGGGAGAUACCAUCUGGGGCUCUGAUGCCGAUAAAGCCACCUUGACAUCAGACUUCCAGCAAUUCGCAGGUAACUUCACGGGCAUCCCGACAUUGAUUGGAGAAUGGCAAGCUACACCUCAAUUUGUUGAGCCUGCCGCUAGAUGGAAGUACACAGACUAUUUUGUGAAAACCGCCAAGAGUUUCAAUUUUGCUCAUUUACUCUGGGACAAUGGACUCGAUUUCUUAGAUCGUACUACAAAUACCUGGCUUGAUCCUAUCUCUAUGUCUAUACUUUUCAACGGUGUUAAAGGAGUCUCCAACUCACUCGCAGACAGUUCGACCGAUUAUCUCGCUACAUCUUGGAACUCUUCAGCUUAUCUCUUCCAUAAAGUCGGCGAUGCUGUCGUCGCACAAUCUGUUCCUUACCUCUUGAACGGAAAUACCCUGACAUCUAUCAAAACCUCCACGGGCACAACACUAGCAACCACCUCGUACAGCAUGUCCUCAGCCGGUGUUUUAACCUUCACUCAGGCUUAUCUCGCAACCCUCUAUUCCGCCACAACAGCCGCCGGCAUCAAAGCCACCCUGACUUUGACUUUCUCUGCUGGCGCACCCUCUCAACUACAAAUCGUGCAAUGGGCUACUCCAACCCUCUCACAAACUUCCUUCACCAAACAAACUACCACAGACCUCACAAUUCCAAUUAACUAUGCGGGACUACCACAAGUCGCAGCUAUCAAGGCUUUGAAUGCAGAUGGGUCAUACAUGGUUUCUGGUGAUGCUUGGACCGUGUAUUUGGGACCAUUACAGCAAGCUCGAUGGACCUGGGGCUCUUGGACGAGUAGUAGUGCUGGACUCACGAUUCCUGUUGCGGGAUUGACUGCUAUCAGUAGCUCAUCUCAGAAGGUUGUUUUAACACUUGAAUUUUUCCCGAGAAUCCAAGGACAGAACAGCGUGAAUAUUACAUUCACAUAA